GUCAAUUGAUAUUGUCUGCCGAUUGCCUGUUUGUCGGUUUUUUCUGUAAGAUGGAAGCCUCUCUAGCAGCAAAAUCGAUUUUCUUAACAGGCUGCAGUAGAGGAAUUGGUUUGGAGUUUGUGAAACAGUUGUUAAAACUCCCCAACAAGCCAAAAUACAUCUUUGCCACCUGUCGGGAUGUUGAAAAAGCCAAUGAAUUGAAAGAUCUGGCCAAAAAGAAUCCUGAAGUUUAUCUUCAUAAUCUUGAUGUCACUGAUUUUGAAAGUUUUCCCUCCGUCGUUUCGUGGGUUAAAGAGAAAGUUGGGGAUGGAGGUUUGAACCUGUUGAUCAACAAUGCAGGCAUCUUUGAUGUAUCAGCUCUUGAUGUAAUCAGCAGGGAGAAGAUGAAGCAGUCUUUCGAAGUUAACUGUGUGGCACCUCUCAUGUUGGCUAGGGCUUUUGUUCCACUGCUGAAGAAGGCAAGUUCGGCUGCUGGCGGAGAUAAUGGCAUGAUGAGUUGUUCGAAGGCUUGCAUAGUGAAUGUGACUUCCAGGAUGGGCUCCAUUGAAGACAACACCAGUGGCGGGCACUACUCAUACAGGGCUAGCAAGGCCGCCUUGAACAUGGUCAGCAAGAGUCUGAGCGUUGAUUUGAAAUCAGCUGGCAUCUUGGUGGGUGUGGUCCAUCCCGGUUGGGUGCAAACAGAUAUGGGAGGAGCCAAUGCCCUCAUCACAACUGAAGUCAGUGUCAAGGGUCUCAUAAAAGUGCUCUCCUCUCUCAACCAAUCAGAUGCGGGCUUUUUUAAAAGUUUCGAUGGCUCCACCAUUCCUUGGUGAGCUGCUAUUGGUCGGUUGAUUUGAUUUGUCUGUGGUUGCUCAAAGAUUUAUAUAACUUAACUCAUAUAUGGGAUUGUAAGUGUGAUGAAGAUGAAGAGUGGAUUGAUGUGUGGUGGUUCGUUACGUUCAAUGCUGUGAUAUUAUUAUUAUUAUUAUUUUUUGUUGGGAGGUUAUCGAAAUUUGAUUUUUGAGGACCUGUUAUUUGAUUGACGCCAUCGUCAUGCUUUUCAACGCUGAGUUCGUUUCUAAUUCUAUUGUUAAAUUCUUUCGUUAAACUUUUAUUUCAAAGUUUUGUUACUUCAGUUAUUAUCUUCAGUUACUUUAUUAUUCGUUCAUGUUGCUUGAUCAUUGAUAAAAAAAAUUAUAUAAAUGAAAAAACUUUUUGUUUUUUUCAUUCUGUUUAAUAUGCAUCUAAAUUUCAAUGAAUAUCUAUCCGAUUGAACGUUUGUAC